AUGUAUUACAAGACGGAGGGUCCACAAUACUACACUACAAAGGCUCGUGAAUACACCACAACCUAUGCGGCAACACACUACUAUGCAGAAGCCCCGAGGUACUACACCACUACUUACGCCGCUCCUUCUUCUUACACUGAGGCUCCGCUGUACUACCCUACAAAGGCUUCCGGGUACGCAACAACGUAUGCUUCGCCAGGUUACUAUACCGAGCCCUCUAAGUACUAUUCCACUACUUAUGCUGCUCCGGUGUACUGCACCGAAGCUCUCCAAUACUACAGCACAAAGACCGCUGAAUACUACACUACUGCUGCUGCACAGUCUUACACCAAGCAAGCUGAGUAUUACACAACCACUUACGCAGCUCCAGUUUACUACGCUGAGGCCCCCACGUAUUACAAGAUUGAGGCCACACAAUACUACACUAAGAAGGCUCCCGAAUACUACACCACAACGUACGCUGCACCAAGUUAUUACACUGAAGCUCUGAUAUACUACCCAACAACCUAUGCCACUCCUAGCUACUACACCGACGCACAGAAGUACUACUCAGUUCCAAGCUACUACCAGGCUGAACGCUUCAAAUACUAUACCACAAAAGCGCCAGAGUACUACACUUACACUUACCACUUACACCCAUCGCAGUUACUACACGAAGGCUCCAGCUUAUUAGACGACAACGUAUGCAACUCCCAGCUAUUUUACUGA